ACCUUUCUAGAUCCUAGAUUCCUUUUUUUCUUUCUAUUUUGUUUAUAUUUCUUAUAAUUUUCACUCCUUCGUUUAUGGAUCGUCGUUGAUUGUACGAAUUGACCAGGCUGCUGCUCCAAAUCAGUUUCCUUUGAUCGUCUCCCUAACCUGUUCGAGCCUGCAACGAGCCAGCCAGACCCUCGUCUUGGUUGCCCUUCUCGAGAAACCCAGUGUGUGUCGUGAUAAACGCCGCCCGCGAGGAUGCAGGACCGGCAAUUGCAGCGCGCGCGGAUCAUAUCCAGCGUCGCAGCGACCAUGAUCUCCUUGGCCUGUGGAAGCAAUUAUGUCUACUCAGCAUGGGCUCCCCAAUUCGCUGAACGCCUCAAAUACUCGACCACCGAGAGCAACCUCGUCGGUCUCGCAGGCAACCUCGGCAUGUACGCAUGCGGGUUGCCUAUUGGAUUAUUCGUUGACAAGAAGGGCCCAAGACCGGCUGUGCUUAUCGGAUCCAUCCUGCUGGGCCUGGGCUAUUUCCCAUUAUACCAGGCAUACAACAGCGGCUCGGGCCCGGUAUUUCUGAUGUGCCUAUACUCAUUCUUGAGUGGUCUGGGAGGGUGCACAGCUUUCGCUGCUGCCAUCAAGACCUCUGCGCUGAACUGGCCACACCACAGAGGAACUGCGACCGCAUUUCCCCUGGCUGCGUUCGGCCUCAGUGCCUUCUUCUUCUCUCUCAUCGGAGGAUUCCUCUUCCCUGGUGACACCAGCGACUUCCUACUCCUUCUGUCGUGUGGGACCUCGGGCAUGACAUUCUUGGGCUUCUGGUUCUUGCGCAUCAUCCCGCACGGCAACUACCAGUCCGUUGCGACCAGCGAGGAAGACAAGCCAGAGGAACCACAGCCCCGGCGCGGGGGCUUGUUCGAGCCAGCGGAUCAGGAAUCCGGUAUAAGGGUCUUCUCGGCCCGCAAGCCAUUCGAUCCGACCAGUGGUCGGACCGCAGGAGGAAGCACGUCCAAUCCGACGACGGCGGCAUCAUCUACUAUUGUUGCCGAGACCGACGACGACGAGGACGAGACAUCUUCUCUCGUGUCCAAGGUAUCCUCAGUGGCCGGUGAGGUCUAUGUGCAGAAUGUUGAUAUGGAUCGCUCUCAUCUUGUAGAUGUCCGCGGCUGGGAUCUACUCCGCAAUCUCGAAUUUUGGCAAUUAUUCGUUAUCAUGGGCAUAUUGGCUGGUAUUGGUCUCAUGACGAUCAACAAUAUCGGGCACUCCGUACAAGCGCUCUGGCAACAUUUCGACGACAGCAUUAGCAACGACAGUCUUCUCAAGCUCCAAAACCUACACGUCUCGAUCUUGUCCGUGUGCAGCUUUUCGGGCCGACUCAUGAGUGGCGUCGGGUCCGAUUUCCUGGUGAAGGUGCUCCAUGCCAGCCGGAUCUGGUGUCUCUUCGUCGCGGGCUCCAUCUUCUUCGUCGCACAAAUCUGUGCCAUGAACAUUAUCAACCCACACAUGCUGGGCUUCGUUUCCGGCCUGUCCGGCCUGGGCUAUGGCUUCCUGUUCGGGGUGUUCCCGUCCAUUGUCGCCGAGAGCUUUGGUAUCCACGGCCUCAGCCAGAACUGGGGACUAAUGACCAUGUCUCCCGUCCUCUCCGGCAACAUCUUCAACCUCUUUUACGGUGUGGUCUUCGACCAGCACAGCGUCGUCGGCCCCAACGGUGAGCGCUCUUGCAUCGAAGGCCUGGAGUGUUACCGCUCGGCCUAUCUGGUCACCGUGGCUGCCUGCGCCUUGGGCUUUGCUCUGACGCUGUGGGUCAUUCGGCACCAGUGGGUACAGAGGCAGAGGGAUGCCAAGAGCAAGGAUGGUCACCUGGAGGACUAAGAGACUUCAAAAGGAGUCAGUCCAGUGUGGUUCUUUUCAGCAGGCAGUGUGGCUAUCUUGCAUUUCAGAUGAAUUAAGUUGGCAUUAGAUGGUGCACAGGCGUUUAAGGGGAGAAGUCAUAAAGAUUUAUAUGGGGAUCGGAGAGGUUGUUUUGCAUGAUAAACUUAGAGAGAUCUUGGGGCGGCCAGACCUCGAUUGAAUUAGCCGACGAAGAGUAGGGCGGGGGUUUAGUCCUGUCCGAGAAGAGUUGCUAUGGUCAAACGAGCCCAACACCCUAGGCAAGACAGAUAGAUAGAUAAAUUGCUCGCCUAGUAGAUUACUUAGCAGGCAGGGUUAGAGGAAGAUAUAGGACACAUUUAGUGUUUAUAAACACCGUCACCUAUCACC